AUGGAGUACUGCUAGGUCUUCUGGGGGCUCGUCUUGUGACUGAGGGCUCCCUACCUGAACUGGACACAUGAAUCAGCACCCCAGCAGGAAUGGACAUACAUGGUACCACGGCACUGUAACUGGCUGUGCUUCAAAUUCGGGGAGCAUGGCUGCCUUCAAGGACCCCCCAACUGCCCCACCUGCCACCAUACAGUUGGAGGAUGGACCUGUUUUGAGGCAUGUUAUGAGAAGACCGUGGGGUACCUGAGGGACCAAGCUCUCUGGUGGCUGGACAUGAGCUCAGUAAGCGAGCUUGGAAAAGUGUGGAAGGAGCUAUAAGAAGUGAUUCCCAGGCCCCUCGUGCACCUUUUUGAUUUCCUCUGUGUGCCCUGUGUCAUGCUGGGGAACUCUGGCCGCAGCAGGAUCAACCAAUUUUACAUGGCUUUCCGUAGGUACUAAGGAGAAGGUAGGCCGGUCAGGCUUGCCCCAGGUUCUGUCAGUUUCUGCCUUGUUCCCAGGAUAAGUCAGGACACCACCCGCAGCUUUGAGGAAGGUGUAAGGAGCAAACCCCAGGACCCUUCACCCGUCUCAGGAAUACCAGGGUUCCUGGAGGCAGAAGGGGUCCCCGGAUCUUGCUGAUCCGGUGUCCCAAGUGAAAAGGUAUGGAGAUAGGCUGGACAUUCUCAACAUGGAGGUAUGAGAGUUCUUGAGGAGGAGGGGGGAAUGUGGGGAUCUCUGCUGCCUUGCUGGGCACAUCUAAGGGAUUUUCUUAAGUCUCAAGAACUUUCUAGAAUUUCACCAUCUCCAGUUCUUUCUCAACUGUAGAUUUUGGGAGAGGGUCUGAUUUCCUCGGAGGCAUGAACAGAAUAAGGUACAGAGGAUGCGGCUCUGAUCCGCAGUGGGCAGGGACUCAGGCUAGCCAGGGCACAAUUAUAACAUGGGCAGCUAGCUAGAUAGCCAGGGUGAGUGACCAGUGCUGGAACUCACGGUCUGGUGUGCAUGGUCAGCAUGAUCUCAUUGUAUUACCUGAUUUCUUAGCAUGGAGGACAAAGUUCUGUGUGCACAGUCAUCCCCCUCUUCCUUCCUCUCCUGUUCUGCACUGAUUUUUAAAAACUAUUUUCUGUGUAUGAGUGUCUGACUGCAUGUGUAUGUGUGUGUGCGCGCGCGUGCGCGGGCACCAUGUGCAUGCCUGCUGCCCUCAGAGGCCAGAAGGGGAAGCUGGAUUCCUUGGAAAUGGAGUUACGGGUGGUCCUGAGUCACUGUGUGGGGGCUGAGAACCAAACACAGGUCCUCUGCAAGAGCAACCAAUGCUCUUAACCCCUGAACUACCUCUCCAGCCCCUACACAGUUCCCCAGCUGCCUUUGGCCUUUUCAGGGCCCUUCCCUGUCUGGAGUCCCCUUCCCAGGGCACAACAGGGACCAGCUAGCUGAUGCUCUUUUUGAGGUCCAGGGUGAGUCUAUGA